AUGGUGAAGCUGGGGAGUAAUUUGAGUGACAAGAACAGCAAACAACCUUCUGGUGAGGACGGCUUUCAGACUGUCCCUUUGAUAACACCCUUGGAAGUAAAUCACCUGCAGUUUCCUGCUCCAGAAAAGGUGAUUGUGAAGACAAGGACAGAAUACCAGCCUGACCAGAAGAACAAAGGAAAACUACGGGUGCCAAAAAUUGCUGAGUUUACAGUCAGUUUUACUGAUGGAGUAACAGAAAGAUUAAAGGUCACUAUUCUCGUCAGCCUGGCUCUGGCAUUUCUUGCCUGCAUUGUGUUUCUGGUGGUUUACAAGGCUUUCACCUAUGACCACAGCUGCCCAGAUGGCUUUGUUUAUAAGCAUAAGCGCUGCAUCCCCACCUCCCUGGAUGCAUAUUACUCCGCACAGGAUUCCAGCUCCCGGGGCCGGUUCUACACUGUCAUUAGUCACUACAGCGUGGCCAAGCAGACCAGCUCCAGGGCCAUCGCACCCUGGCUCUCUGCAGCAGGACCUAUCAGCCACGAGGCAAAGGCUGUGAAGGCGGAUGGCCAUUAA